AUGUCAAGAGCUUCAAUGGAAAAAUCCAUUGUGAGAGGCAAUAUUGGGAUUGAUAUUAAGAGCGUUGAUUCAGUUCAGGUACAUACAAGCAAAACUGACACCGCUCAAACAUUAGAAGAGGAAGUUGAAUAUAACGAGUUUGGACAACCACUACCUAAAGGAAUCAUCCUUUGGGCAUGCACGGGCGCUUUAGCGCUAGCAAACUUUCUAGCCGCCCUAGAUAUAAUGAUCGUGACCACCAUAAUCAAUGACGUGGGCGCGCACUUUGAUGCUUACGCAAAGACAGGUUGGAUUAUUGCUGGCUACAGUCUACCAAAUGCUUUGAUGUCCCUUCUAUGGGGUCGUAUUGCUUUUUCUUUCUUGGGUUUUAAAACAGCCAUGCUAUCCGCAAUUGUAAUCUUUGAAAUUGGUUCGUUGAUUUGUGCGCUGGCGAAUUCGAUGGAUAUGCUUAUUGGUGGAAGGGUUAUAGCUGGUAUUGGUGGUAGUGGUAUUCAAAGUCUGUCCUUUGUGAUUGGGUCAACUUUGGUGAGUCCGCGCGGUAGAGGAUUUAUUAUUGCCUUUAUGAGCGCUUCAUUCGGUAUAGCCUCAGUCAUCGGCCCUUUCAUCGGAGGUGCAUUUACAUCUCACGUCACAUGGAGGUGGUGCUUUUGGAUUAAUUUGCCGGUGGGGGCUGUUGCUCUUGUGAUUUUUACUUGGGUUUACAAUCCAACUGGUAAAAAGCAGGUUCUACUGACCAUUCACGACUUGAAAGAACUCUCAGAGAAAGUCAAGAAGGUAAGAUUUAAAGACCUUCUAAAGCAUUUGCUGUUUAAACUCGACAUUAUUGAGUUCAUGUUAAUCAGUGCAGGUAUUGUUUGCAUUCUGCUCGCUUUUACCUUUGGUGGGAAUCGGUUUAAAUGGGGUUCAUAUUCUAUAAUUUUACUUUUUGUCAUUGGAGGUUGUCUAGUGAUCGUUGCUCUGGUGUAUGACUUUGUUAUUUUCCCAAAUCUUCAAAUAGUGAAAGCGAAUUACAUCCAAUACCAACCACUGAUCUCUUGGAAAAAUUUACGGAUACGCGGUAUCUUUACUGCAAGUAUGACCACCUUCUUUUUUUGCAUUGGAUACAUGAGCCAAACAGUAUACUACGUCCAGUUCUUCCAACUAAUUUACAACAGUUCACCUUGGAAGGCCUCCAUCCAUUUGAUUGCUGUUAUGAUCCCCACGGUGCUUACUGCUGUUGUAUGUGGGUUUUUGAAUGGCAAGUUUGGAUACGUGAAACCUAUUACAGUUGCUGGUAUGUGUUUAGCUGUUAUUGGAGCCGGUCUCUUAACGCUACUGGACAACCAUUCAAAUAGUGCCCAACAUAUCGGUUUGUUGAUUCUCCCCGGUGUUGCGUUUGGUGCUUGCAAUCAAUGCACCAUGAUGGCUGCACAGAUUGAGCUGGAUAAGAAAAGCCCCACUUUCAAAUCAGAUUUUGUCGCUGUGACAACCUUGAAUUCAUUCCUGAAAAACUGCGGACAAGCUGUUGGAAGUAUUAUUAGUGCUAGUGUCUUUGGAGGAGCGGUAAUGAAUAAGAUAGGGAAGAGUUCUUACCAUUCAGAAAUAAGGUCUGUUGAUGAUUUGAUUAUUUACAGAGCUGAACACUUCGAUGGGGCACGCUCUGUGUUGGGGAAUAUGAUCAGCGACUCAGUGAAGGAUGUGUUUUACAUGGCUCUGGGGUGGUGUGCACUCGCCUUUCUGUUUGCGAUUUUCACUAGUAAUAAAAAAAUUGAAGCUCCAAAAAAAGGGGAACCAGUAGAUGUCGAAGCACAGAAGAGUUGA